AGUGCAUAUAAAGAGAGGAAAACUAAUUAUUUUCAAUAACCUAAUUCACACCGCAAUAGCAUUUCGUUGCGUAGAAUCGAAAGAUGGAUGAGGAAGAGCAUGAGGUUUACGGAGGAGAGAUCCCCGACGUCGCAGAGAUGGAAGGAGACGUCGACAUGUCCGCCGCCGACGAUGACGCCAGUGGCAUGAAGGAGCUCGACGAGAUGCGACGACGCUUGAAGGAAAUGGAAGAUGAAGCCGCCGCUCUUCGCGAUAUGCACGCCAAGGUUGAGAAGGAGAUUGGCUCCACUCAAGAUCCUGCUGCUGCAGCUGCUUCUCAGGAUAACAAGGAGGAGGCAGAUGCUCGUUCUGUUUUUGUUGGCAAUGUUGAUUAUGCAUGCACCCCAGAGGAAGUUCAGCAACACUUUCAGUCAUGUGGUACAGUGAACAGGGUCACUAUCCUGACAGACAAGUUUGGUCAGCCUAAAGGUUUUGCUUAUGUGGAAUUUGUUGAAACUGAAGCUGUUCAAGAAGCUAUCCUGUUGACCGAAACUGAAUUGCAUGGCCGACAAUUGAAAGUUCUGCCUAAGAGGACCAAUGUUCCUGGAAUGAAACAAUACCGUCCUAGGCGAUUCAUUCCUUACAUGUCAUACGGCUUCAGGAGGCCUUAUGCUCCUCCUCCUUACAUGUACUCCCCUUACGGAUAUGGGAAGGCUCCAAGGUAUAGAAGGCCAAAUCGUUACAUGCCAUACUAUUAGAUGUUCAUAUGGAAUGGUGUUCGAGAUUUGAUGAUAAUGUGUCCUGGAGUAUUACUAUUUAAACCCGGGGAGCAUUCAGUUAUACUAGUCUUCAUCAGCAUAAUAUACACUAUGAUCAAGAACAGUUAUUGUCCAUUUGUUCUGGGAUGUUAUUGGUCUCGUACUUUUCUUGCUCAGUUUCUAGAAUUUGGUUUAAAAUUGCCUUUGAAUUUUAAGUAUAAUACAGCAAGGUCAGUUCUUAGUUUAUACUGACCAAAGAUAUAUGCUGCAGUAAACUCAUCCGGCCUUUAACUGUUCAGUGUUACCAAAACUUGAUUAUAUGCAUGUUGAUGAAAUUUAUAUCA